AUGGCCCUAGUCACAUAUUCAGAUUCAGAGGGAGAGUCGGAUACCGAGACAAAACCCGUCGAGCAAUCUACAGCCACUUCCCAGCUUCCAGCUUCAAAAUCCAAAACCUCGUUCAAGCCGCUCGUCGAUCGUGGCAACCCACGAAAAAUCCUUGUUAACCUAUCGGAGACAAAACCUGGUAGGGAUGGAACCGAUUCCGGGCCAGAUAAAGAAGAUGGACCUGCUAGAAAACGCUUGCGCACUGGUGGAGGCGGGUUAUUCUCCGGAUUUAACGAUAUGCUACCUGCACCAAAACGAACCGGUGCCGCACGGAAUUCGACAGAUAAAACACAGCCGGUGCCUGCGAGAUCCAAGCCGUUUACUUUAAAAACCAGCGCAGAGCCCGGAUUUGACCGCAGUGGGAAUGCGGAUAACUUGAGCUCCUACGACGAGUUUGGAAAACCGUCAAGCGCCAACGAGACCAGUCACACUUCACUCACAGAGGGCUCUAAAAGUUCAAGGAUAGAGCCUGUUUUUGAGAAAAAGGGAAACUCAAUGAUGUUUAAACCGCUAUCCGUCGCAAGAAACAAGCCAAAGAAAAAAACCACGGGAAUUUCUCCGCUGGUUGCUACGUCAAAAGCAGCUGGGGAAAGCCCUCUGCCAUCCCCGCAAGCGAAAGUAAAACCAAAAGUUAGCCUUUUUGGAUUAUCAGACGCGGCUGAAACUGCCCCAAAUAUGGAUACCGACGUGCAAAACGCGCCGUACGAGUCCUUGCUUUAUACAGGAUCUUCUGAGCCAGCGUCAGCAUCAACCGGCCAGGCGCUAGACGACUCGACAGGGGUUAAUACAGCGACUAGUGAAGCUAUAUCUUCGCAGAAGGUGUCCACGCAACCUCAAGAUCUUGCAAGUGUUGCAAGUGACCUCAAUCUUUCGCGAUCAGAGAUGCGACAACUGCUAGGGCGAGAUCUUAAAGGCGCCUCUAGCAAGGUCCUUAAUUUUAACACAGACGAAGAGUAUAAGGCCAACUCGGCGUACUUGUCUAACACGUCCGAGGCUGAACUAGCUGCCCAACAACAUAGACCUGUUAGGGCCGUCGCACCUGGAAAACAUAGUUUAAGUCAGCUCGUGAAUGCUGUGACCAGCCAGCGUGAUGCCCUCGAGGAUAGCUUUGCUACUGGGAAGAGAAGUAGAAAAGAAGCAAGCUCCCGGUACGGUUGGUAG